AUGAACGACAAGCUCCCGGUACGGACGGCUCAAGACCUGGGCAUGAUGAGUGGGUCGCUCAUGUCUCCAGCCGGCGGUAUCCGCAGCCCUGUCCGCGAUCUGCUCACCUGGGGCUGUACCUUGCUCGGUCCCUUCCGCAACGAGGGCGGACUGAGCCGCGCCGCGGCCAGGGCGCCUCUCGUCUUUUACCACACCGGAGCCAUCAGUGGCUACCACGGCUGUUUGAUGCUCAUCUGCUAG